GCUGGGGAAUAAAUGGCAAACUAGGAAUCUUACCUAGGCCCUCCCAGUUGAAACUAAGUCAAAAUGGGUUCCCAUGAGACUGCCUGGCUCAUGCAGAUGAAAGGCUAACAUCUUUUCAGAAACAACUUGCACUACCCUCUCCUGUUCCAAAAGGCUGUCUGGUCAGAAUGGUGGUAGGUCACCUUAGGAAGGAAAAGACGUUGUCCUGUUUGUCAGAUAGAAUUAGCAAAGGUUCAAUUUAAAAGAACAAUUCUCUAAGAAGUUAAAAAUAAAGGUGCGGGGAGAUUCCCAUGACAUCCAUUUUUAUCUCUUUUCCCUUUCUCUUACAUUUCCCAUGAGGCAAACUUUCUAAAACAGUCUUAGUCUUUUCAAGUUUACAAAAGGGAGCACCUAGACUACCUGAAUAAAAAUGACAGCGGUGCCCGGAAGAAGAGCGCGCCUCUCCCACGUGCACCCUGCCUGGGCUCCAUGCUGUCUCCGGGUCUCAGGUACUCACUCAGCGGGGAUUUCUGGAGUGCCAGGAACACAAACCCCAACAAGAUCCAAUCCAUGCCUUCCCGGAGUGCACAGUCCAGAAAGCAACCCGGCGAACAAGUAGCAAUUACCCCCUAAGGAGAUGGCUUCAUCCGCGCGACAGACAGACACCACAGACACCGAGGGCCUGCCCCACGCCCUUGACAGCGAGGCUGUCCCGGUCCUACUGGAGCGUGGAGCCGGCUUGGGACAGAACCAAGACACACGGGACACGAUGCACACACGCGUCCUGACGGUGGGCGCCGAGAAUGCGGCCCCGGCUGCUGCCGCAGGCCCCUCUGUCGGCACCAGCGGCUCCCCUUUCCCGCCCCCACACAGGGGAGGGCGCAGCAAACACCCGCCGCGGACAGUGGGCCCUGGAUUCGGAUUCGGUGACUCCUGGGAACAAGGAGGUGGGAGCAGGCGAAACUCCCCCCCGGGGGUCUUUGCCACCGCGCGCCAGGCGUCCCCGCGGCCGAGAAGCGGCGCCAUCUCCGCAGGUGCGCGGUGGACGCCUGCGUCCCUCAGGCCCGGGGCUGUCCGGCGCUACACAUCCACCUCCCGGGCGCGCAGAGGGCCCGGGCCGUGCCGAGUCCGGGCGGGGCUGAGGUUCCCCGCGCGGCGCCGGCUCAGGCACUGCCCGCAGUGCGGAACACGCCCAGGACUUCAGAGGUAGCCGGCGCUGCGGGAGCGGCACGGGCAGGGAGCGCCGCGGGCCGAGGCCGCGUCGGGAGGGGCGGGCGCGGCCGGCGGGAUUGCAGGGUCGCGGGAGGGGUCCGCAGGCCAGGCGGGAGCUGGGAGCGGCCAGAGCCGGCCGGCGAUGGUGGGAGAGCGGACCCAUGUGGGGACCGCAAGCCCCGGGAACGAGCGCGCGAGCGGCGGGUCCCGGCGGCACUCACCGAGCCUGGGCGCCGGGGCGGCGGCGGCCGGUGCGCUGCCUUCUCGCGGGGUCCCCUCCCUUGGCCACCCGGGCUCCGCUCCAGCCUAGCAGGGGCGGCGGCACUGACAGCUGCGUGGCCGCCCUGGAGGGGAGGGGGUGCUUGCUACCCACGACUGGCGGACGCACU